UGCUAGUUGUUUGGGGUCCCCAACCAUCUUCCCAUUUUACACCCAACCAACAUUGAAUAGAGCACCCUCCUUUUCGUACUAUUAGCAACUUUUUCUUUUUCGACGAGGAUAUUAGAGGUGUGGCUUUACCUCGCUUAAAAUUUUCACAAUAGAGUUUUCAAAUUUCCGUUUAUUUUUAUAAAAUCAUUUCCUUUUCCAUUUGUUUUUAUAAAACUAUUUUCUUUUCGUCGAUCAAGAUAUUAGAGAUGUGGCUUUACCUCACCUAAUUCUCCCGUAGUUUUCAUAUUUCCGUUUAUUUUUAUAAAAUUAUUUUCUUUUAUUUUUCAUAUUUCCAUUUGUUUUUAUAAAACCAUUUUCAUUUCCUCAAUCAGUAUGUCAGGAUAUUAGAGGUGUGACAUUCCCACGCUUAAUUCCUCCAUAGUCAUAGUUUUUAUAUUUCCAUUUGUUUUAUAAAACCAUUUUUUUAUUUUUUAUUUUUUAUUAAAUGGCUAAAUUCUAAACUAUGUUAAGCACCAUUGUUGUUAGCUCCAUUUCUUCCAUCUUUCUUUCAGUCUUUUACCUCUUACUUUACAACUAAAAUUCAAUUAAAUUAAAUUAAUUAAACACUCUUUUUAAUUAUUUCUAUUUUUGUUAAAUUAUUAUUAUAUUAUUAAUGGGAAGUGGGCAAUCUGGGCUGAGGCCCAUGGAGGAAGGGAGAGUUGGGCUUGGAGACUUGCCGGAGAGUUGUGUGGCGGUGAUAUUGGGCCAGUUAAGCCCACCGGAUAUUUGCAGGUUGGCGGAGGUGAACUGGGCUUUUUAUGGAGCUUCAUUCUCGGAUUUUGUGUGGGAGACGAAGUUGCCUUCAAAUUAUGAGUUCCUUGUUCAGAAGGUGUUUGAUGAAAUUCCAAACCAACUUUGUAAGAGAGACAUUUUUUCUAGGCUUUGUGGGUCCAUCAGAUUUGAUGAUGGAACUAAGGAGAUUUGGUUGGAGAAGAGGAGUGGGAAGAUGUGCAUGGCAAUUUCAUGGAAGGGAAUGAGGAUCACUGGAAUUGAUGAUCGUAGAUAUUGGACUCAUAUGUCUACUCCUGAAUCCAGAUUCCAUACAAUCACAUACCUAAAGCAAGUAUGGUGGUUAGAGGUAGGAGGAGAACUGGAAUUCAACUUCCCUGCAGGAACAUACAGUCUCUUCUUUCGUCUUCAACUAGGAAAAUCCUCAAAAAGAUUUGGUCGAAGAAUUUGCAACUCAGAUGGAGUUCAUGGUUGGGAUAGAAAACCAGUUAGAUUCAAAGUUUCAGCUUCGAAUUCCCAGAAUUCUGUUUCUCAGUGUUACUUAAAGCCACCAACUGGGAACUGGGUUUGCUACCAUGCUGGUGAUUUCACAGUUGAAGAUCAUCAACAGAUGAAGAUGAUGAAGAUCAAGUUUUCUUUAGCACAGAUUGAUUGUACACAUACUAAAGGUGGGCUUUGUUUAGAUUCUGUGUUUAUUUACCCUUGUGAAUUAGCAGAUGAUUUGAAGGUUUUGUAGUUAGUUUUUAAGGAGGGUUUUGUAGAUGAUAGAAGAAAUGUGUUGGGAAGAAGGGUUGUUAAUGAUGUGAUUAUUUGUUUGUUGUUGUUAAGUCAUAUGAAUGCAUGUGCUUGAUACGGAGUAUUUGUUUUUUAGUAUUACAUAUAAAUGCGCGAGCUGAUGUAAUGUAAAACUACCUAAAACUUUAUUAUAGAUCUUUUAAAUGCAAAAAGUUGAAUGAUUUUUUAUAGAUAGAAGAAA